AGUCGGAGAGACCGGGAGUUACGUUAUUAUUAUCGAGGACCGAGCUGACAAACUGUCGUGUGUGCCAUGGUGCGCUUCUUGCGCGUAUCCGUCGCCUCCUCGCAUGGCGCUUAAUAUAAUCAUCGGAGGUGCUCACGCAUCUAUUAUCUCUCACCGGAAUCUCGGUGUCGGAGUUACUGCCGUUCGCGUUGCGAUCGCGUCGUGACACCCCCGUAACCGUGCAAUGUCGCAGAAAAGUCGACAACAACCGUGAAAGAUUCGAAAACGUGCAUCUACGUGACAGUGUGUCUACGGGUUGGGAAAUCUCUUCUCAUCGACCAGGAGGAAUCAUGAAAACGGAGGUCGAGGACACGAGCAGCGACGGAGCAUGCGACGGCAACGUCGGCGGUCCUAAUCUCGCCUGCCCCGAGGGCAGCAGCGGCCUGAUCGUCGGCCCGGAAACGUUACCGAACGUAAUGGAGUGCGGCGGAUGCGGCGAGCGCGUACGCGAGCGAACUGUCCUGUGCGUGGGCGGACGGACGUGGCACUCCAGAUGCCUGAGGUGUUGCGCCUGUGCCCGACCCCUGCAUGAUCAGCAGUCGUGCUUCCUGAGAGGCAUGCGACUCUACUGCAGGCACGACUACGCUCUAACUUUCGGCGCCAAGUGCGCGAAAUGCGGACGCAGCGUGGGCGCGGGAGAUUGGGUGAGACGGGCCAGAGAAAGGGUUUAUCAUCUGGCUUGUUUCGCGUGCGACGCUUGCUCUCGUCAACUGUCCACCGGCGAACAAUUCGCUCUCCUGGAUGCCCGAUUGCUCUGCAAGACGCACUACCUUGACGUUGUCGAGGGCAACAACACGUCCUCCGAUGAAGGCGGUGACUCGGAGAGCGGCCACAAGGGCGGCAACAAAGCAAAGAGAGUCAGGACGACUUUUACCGAAGAACAGCUCUCCGUUCUACAGGCAAAUUUUCAAUUGGACAGCAAUCCCGACGGGCAGGACCUAGAAAGGAUAGCUCAUGUCACCGGACUCAGCAAAAGGGUGACGCAGGUGUGGUUCCAGAAUUCGAGGGCGAGACAGAAGAAACAUCUUCACACGGGCAAGAUGAAAGGGCAACACGUUCAUCAAUCGCCACCGAAUUCUACCACGUCGCCCAACGACUUCAGUCGCCAUAUCAACUUGCAUCUGACGUACUCGUUUCAACAUCAGCAGCAACAUCAGCAGCAACAGCAGCCGCAACAUAGCCCGGCUACGUGCAAGAGUCCCACGGGCUCCAUUUAUCAUAAUCACGGAUCGGAACAGUCGAUGGACGAGCUCUCGCAGGACUCGAUGCUGCUGUCUAUGCCGAACGAAGUUUAAUGGACAGCAGCGACUGCGGCGAAUUGUAAAUACGUGCGUUGCUUUAAAAGUGUCAUACGUAGAGAGAGAUACGCGCGUCUCGAGGAAAAAACCACCUACCCCAUAAGCGCGCGCGCGGGGAAGGUGUCGGUUUAAUUAAUCUCACGGUGGCAGUUUCACUCUUCGAUGACGCGCUUACGAAUUAAUACUCGCAGCGUAAUAACUCGCACUCUUGGUGUUAAAACUUAUUUACAUCCAAGUAUGAGUGUUGUUGCGUGUUACACACGAAAAAGUCGGCGGAAAUAGAAAUACAUAGAAGUGUGCGCGUGUGUCUGUUUUAUGUGUGCAUUGCGAACGUACGCCAGGACGCAUUAACAAUACAUCGUGAUAACAAAAAGCGCGUGAAACACAAAGUUGAACACGUACGAUUAAUCCAUGCACAAAUAAAAAAAUAUUCUUAAUACGUAUAUAUAUUAAAUUCGAUCGUGUGCAAAUUCAAGCGCACCGAUGAUCGUUAACACACUCUGGUGUACGCGCGUUCUUCGGCUUGUAUUUUAAUUCGAUUUCUCUCCGUCUAUAUUUCUCUCUUGGUUGCGCUCGAUAAUCGUGACAGGAUAUUUAAUCGGAUGAGAGCCGAGCGCGAAUGACGAAGUUUUAUCGUAGAGACGUACAAGUUUUUUUAAUUUUUCGACAAUUUUCUAUAUUCAAAAUUCGUUCGUUCUUUCUCAAUCUCUUUAAUUCGGUGCAACCAAGAAGAGAGUUGUGGAAAAUAAGACAAACGUAAACAUAAAAAAAAAAGAAAAAAGAAAAAAAAAGAAAACCGGAUAACGUGUUCUCCGACGUUAUCGGAGACGCGAUUAUAAUCCGCGAUUCACAUAUCGUCGACGGAAUUUCGCGUGUCCCGUAGCAAUGCUUCGAAUGAAAGUAUCUUACGUAGUGUCUCGAUAGUCAUGCAAAAGAAUCAUUUAAUAUGAAUGUCCUGUGAUUGUAAAUAUUGUAAACUAAACUAUAUAUAUAUAUAUAUAAAUAUAUACAAUUGCACAUGUUGAACAAAAAA